UGUGAUACGUCCAGUGACGUGAAAUUCAAUUAGAAAGCGAUGCCUGCUCGACGGUGAGCUUGCAAGGAAAGAUUUCGCGUCGAAUUCGUUUCUUUCAAAGGCGGCACGUGCUCGGCGCGUUGUCAUCGCGGCAUUUCCGUUUGUUCAACAAGUUGUCACGUGAAAAGCACGUGAUAUGGACAGCAGCGAUCAUGAAUGAAUAUGGAAACGAGAGCUACGGAGCUAUGCUUGCGGGAUGUGCAACAUGUUUUGCGUCGGCGGAUUUUCGACUCGAAUAACAUGUUUCCUAGCCAUCUUGUGAAGCAGAAAGAAGAACUUGUUGGUGUCGUGCGACGAGCUGUCAAGUUUGCAGAGAGUGCUUCCGUGCUUGUGCUUGGUCCUCGAGGCAGCGGAAAGUCUCUGAUUGUGAAGAAAGCACUCGAUGAACUGAAAUCAGACAGUGAAACGGCAGACUGUUUUAUCAACAUCUACCUGAAUGGUGCUGUGCAGACUAGAGAUGUUCUGGCUCUGAAGGAGAUAGCAAUACAACUGAGUCUUGUUUCAGAGCUUGAAGCAUGUUAUGUGAACUCAUUCCGAGACGCUUUCUCAUUUUUGUUGGAAACGUUGAGAUCAGGCAGCAAGGAGAGCAAAGCAAUUAUUUUUGUGUUGGACGAGUUUGACAGAUUUGCUCAAGACAGAAGCCAGAAGCUACUGUAUAGUCUCUUGGAGCAGACGCAAUCUGUAAACGUUCCAGUAGCUGUUGUUGGAAUUACCUGCAGGCUUGAUGUUAUUGAACUGUUAGAGAAAAGAGUCAAAUCUCGUUUCUCUCACCAGCAGAUCAGCCUCUUUGAUGGCUUUUCCUUUCAAGACUACACACAAAUGUUCAACAACUUACUGGAAUUGACUGAUGAGUUUCCUCACAGUGAAUUUGCUUCUCAAUGGAACAACAGUGUCAAGAAACUUCAAGAAAACCCCGAGGUUAUUCGCAUUCUACAGAAUCAGUACGACUUGUCAAGAGAUCUUAGAAGUCUUCAACGAUUGCUGGCAAUACCGUGUGGGAAGGUAACAGUUGGCCAUCCAUUUAUUGAAGCUUCAGACUUGCAAGAGUCUGCUGGUAUCACGACAUUGGACACAAGAAUAUUAGAUAUCAAUGGCCUGUCUGUCUUGGAGCUUUGUCUUCUGAUUGCAAUGGCUCAUUUGACUGAGAAAUUAGAUGGCGAGCCAUUCAAUGGUGAAAUGAUUUAUCAAGAAUACAGAAAAUUUGCGAGCAGGUCACAAUCUAUCGACUUCCUUACAAAGCCUGUUGCAAUGCAGGCAUUACAAAGACUGAUGGCUCUAGAACUGGUUCUAUCUCCUAGAUCACAUGGAACUGCCAGUAGACGAGAGUUCUCUAAUCUCAUACUUGCCAUGGACGUUGACCAAUUACACGAUGCCAUCAUGUCCUUCCCCAAAUGUCCUACAGACGUACUCCAUUGGGCAAAAUCGGACUUAUUUAGAUAGCGAUAGAUCACAGUUGUACACACACACUAGAAAUAUAGAAAGUUGGUACCUUUCCUCUUUGAAUAAAAAAUGCAAUUGCAUUUUAGCAGAUAAAAUGUCAUAGCUUGAAUCGUUUGAUAUCAGUGUUGUGUAAGUUUGAUAUCAAAGAGUGUCUUAAUUUUUUGU